AAGUUCAUGAUGAUCAUGCUAGGGUUUGGCAUGGCAUUCGUCGGUUCCCAGGUCUGCGCUCUUGUGUUUGCGGCCAUUGUCAGCACUGUAGCCGUGAAACUGGACGCGGGAGCCAAACUAAUCUGGUUCUUUUCGGCCAGUCUGAUAUCUCAAGCGGUGAUCGCGCCGUUUUCUGGACCCCUUGCGGAUCUUUAUGGGCGAAAGCCCAUCACCCUUCUAGGCGUCUUGUCCUCCAUGGUGGGGAUGAUCUUGUGUGCAGCGACGCCAAAUGGGAAUGGAUUCAUUGCCGGCCAAACGCUUACCGGCAUGGGGACCGCCAUCCAGGAGUUGAUGGCCAUCUCUGUCAUUACAGAGUUAGUUCCUACCCAAAGUCGAGGGUAUUACAGUGCACUUCUGGUGUCGAGUUUCCUUCCAUUCGCGCCGGCGUCCCUAUACGGACAGCUCAUUGCGCGGGCCAAUUGGCGAUACUGUGGAUGCAUGAUCGCAAUCUGGAACUUUCUGACUGCCGUGGUAAUUGGCCUUUUCUACAACCCUCCCCCGCGAAGCAACUCUGCAGGCCUUUCGCACUCUGAGUUACUCCGUCGCAUCGACUACAUAGGCGGCCUCAUCGUCACGGCUGGCAUCUUGUUGUUCCUGAUUGGGCUGAACUGGGGAGGGCAGGCCUACCCGUGGACAUCUGCACAAGUCAUUGCCUGCGUGGUAAUUGGGGGCUGUUUAGUGCUAUUGUUUCUUGCGUAUGAGGCGUUCUGGGCCCCGUUUCCUAUGUUCCCUCGUCGUCUUCUUCUGCAUCCACGAUCAUUCGUUGCCUUGAUGAUCGUGAUCUUCAUGGCUGGAAUCAAUUACAUUCCCAUUCUUUUCUUCUGGGUCCUCCAGUCGAUUGCAGUUUAUGACUCCUCCCACCUGCAAGCCGGAAUCCGCACUCUGCCCUUUGGAUUCUGCAUCCUCGGAGGCGCCAUCAUAUCCGGAGUCAUGCUGUCUUUCUUCAAACAGCAUCUGCGCGUCAUCAUGACUUGCUUCUGUGUCAUCCAGACCAUAGCAAUCGCCUGCAUGACCACCGCAGACACACACAACAUCAACACCGUCUGGGGCCCAUUAACAAUCGGCCUUUUAAGCGUUGGAGGCCUCCUAGUCCCCAACCAGGUAAUCGUCACCGUGAUCUCCCCCGACGACCUAAUCGCCACUGCUACCUCUCUCACCGUUGCCGUGCGCGCUGUCGGCCAGGUCGUCGGCACUAGCAUCCUAUAUAGUCAAUUCGUGUCGAAGAUCACCAGCAACGCAUACAAAUAUUUUGUCCCGGCGGCAUUAGAAGUGGGCAUUUACAACACCACUAUUCUAGCGGACAUGGUGCCGACUCUGACGGGCAUCCCGUUCUCAGAGUACGUGCAGAGCUUACCGGAGGUAGACACAGCGGAGAAGUGGAAUCUGUUGCACGAGGCUGUGCUUAUGACCUUUGAUACUGCAUUUCAGAAGGUGUAUUUGAUCAGUAUUGCUUUUGGGGCGAUUGCGAUUGUGGCGAGUUUGUUUUUGGGAGAUCUUUCGAAGUUAAUGGAUAGGCAUAUUGCGGUUCCAUAUUUCUAG